AUGAAAAGAAAAGCUAAAGCAAUCACUAGAAGUUCAAUUUUCUGUAAAGAAUGUGGUAGUUUAUUAUUAAAUAAUGGUGAGGAUGUAAUUGUUUGUCACUAUUGUGACUGUGGACAUGAUGCAGAAGAGUAUGAAAACAAUUUGAUAGUUACAAGUAGUAAUGAGAAAAUAUUUAAUUCAAAGUUACGUCUAAGGCAUUCAAAAAUAAAACAAGUUAGUCGUAAAACUGAAAGUGCUUCUAUCAAAGAAAAAUGUCCUAAAUGUGAUAAUGAAGAAAUGAAUUAUCAUACAAUGCAACUACGUUCAGCUGAUGAAGGACAAACUAUAUUUUAUAAUUGUAUUUAUUAA